CGUAAGAAGUUGGGCUGCUUGCAGUCGGGAGGCAGCGCUCCCGAGAGCAGUCGGAGCACUGCGAAGCAGCGCUUGCUGAGACUGCUGAAGGGGGAGUGGCGGCGGCCGAGAGGACGACGGAGAGCGGAGAGGAGAGAGAAGGGGGUGCCGGCAGCCGGGAGAGAGGGAUCGCAGGGUGAAGGCGGCUGGGGGAACGUGGACGGUGCGGUGAGGAGAAGCUCAGGAUAGACCUGGUCUCUCUGUCCUGUCCCGUGCCACGCGUGCCCCCUUCAGCCCAGGGAGCCCCUUCCCUGGUUCUGCACGUAGCCAGGCAGGCAGGGCUCCGGGGUCUCAGCAGCUAAGAUGCCGAUCCUGCUGUUCCUCCUAGACACGUCCGCUUCUAUGAACCAGCGCACCGGGCUGGGUACCACCUAUCUGGAUACAGCGAAGAACGCGGUGGAGAUUUUCCUGAAGCUCCGCUCACGGGACCCAGCCAGCCAUGGAGACAGGUACAUGCUGGUCACCUCCGAAGAGCCGCCCUACUGCAUCAAGGCUGGUUGGAAAGAGGACCAUGCCACAUUCAUGACUGAACUGAAAAACCUUCAUGCUUCUGGACUGACUACUCUUGGCCAGGCUCUGAAAUCUGCAUUCGAUUUGUUAAAUCUGAAUAGAUUGGUGUCUGGAAUAGACAAUUAUGGACAGGGGAGGAAUCCAUGUUUUCUGGAACCAGCUCUUUUAAUUGCCAUCACAGAUGGAAAUAAGUUGACAAAUAUGAGUAGUGUCCAAGAGGAGCUUCAUCUCCCUUUGACCUCUUCUCUGCCUGGAAGUGAGCUAACCAAAGAACCUUUCCGCUGGGACCAGAGGUUAUUUGCCCUGGUGCUGCGUAUACCUGGGACGUUGUCAUCUGAGCCAGAGACACUAGGGAGCGUACCAGUGGAUGAAUCUGUUAUUACACAAAUGUGUGAAGUUACAGGAGGCCGUUCCUAUUGUAUUAGGACCCAAAAAAUGUUGAACCAGUGCUUAGAAUCUUUAGUUCAAAAAGUUCAAAGUGGUGUUGUUGUUUACUUUGAGAAAGCAGGACCACAGCCCACUUCUUCUGUCGACGGAAAAAAAGGAAAGGGAGGCGGACACCGAGAGGCUCACAAGUCAUCAAAGUCCUCUGGCCAUCAUCAUUCGUGGCACAGAUGUCGCAAGCUAAUUUAUGUGCGCCUGAACCCUAAAACUGGGGUUGCUGUUGGGCACUGGCCAAUCCCUGAAUCUUUUUGGCCUGACCAAAACUCACACACACUGCCUCCUCGGACAGCUCACCCUGUCAUUCGAUUCAUCUGUGUUGACCGUGAGCCCAUGAUCAUAGACAAACUGCCUUUUGACAAAUACGAACUUGAACCUUCGCACUUAACGCAGCACAUCUUGGCGCGCAAGUCACCUCUGACUUGUUGGCAGGUAUUUGUGGCUAACAGUGGGAAGCACAGCGAACUGGAGCACCCCUUUGGGUACCUAAAGGCAAGCAGUACCUUAACAUGUGUCAAUCUCUUUGUCCUGCCUUACAACUACCCUGUCUUGCUGCCACUUUUAGAUGAAUUGUUCAAGGUUCACAAGCUUAAUCCAAGCCCAAAGUGGCAGCAGGAGUUUGAUGAGUACAUAAAAUCCAUGCCUGCAUACUUCCUACCACCAUUAAAGAAAGCACUAAGGAUGAUGGGAGCUCCCAAUGUGCUAACAGAAAAUUUAGACUCUGGACUUAGUUACAGCAUCAUCUCUUACCUUAAGAAACUCACCCAGCAGAGCAAACUUGAGUCGGAGAGAAGGAAUGCAUUGGUGGGCAAGAAGCCUCCCUUUGAGGGUGGAAUCAAACUGAAAACUCUCGCUGCUGGCUACCCCAUUUCUGAUGCUAACUUAAAGCUCCACCCACAACCUACAACCUCAACUGAAGCUCGCGUUAGCCUGAUGGAGAUGAAUAGAAAACAACUCUCCGGCCUCGGGUUAUCACUCCCAAGCAAGGAUACAAAGCCUUACCUGUACAAGAAUCCUUUUGACAUUCCUCGGAACUGUCUUUUAGAGCAGCUAACUAGAAUGAGAGCCAGCCUGCUGAACACACACCCAAAUGUUGCUGGACAAAAUGAAGAUUCCUCUCACAGUAUUCCAAUUAUACAAAUGGGCAACUACAAGGAAUAUUUGAAGACUAUGCCUCCUCCACUUCGGGAGGUUGAUUCAGACCAAUCGAAAAAAGUUUAUACAUUUGGAAAUCCUUUCAAGCAGAAUAAGAAGGGGGUGAUUAUUGAUGAAGCUGAUGAGUUUGUGACAGGGCCUCCGCACAAAGUUAAGUGCUUGGGAGAAUGUCACUCUGUGGGAUCCCCGAAGAAAAGACGAAUCUUGUCCCCAUCCUCUCCAUCAAAGAAGUCACAAACUGCAACCACCAGUGGAAAGGAACUGCCAUCAGCCUCUUCAGUGGUGUCAUCUUCAGUUCACAAAAGACCCACCCUAUUAUGCAAAGAUGCGAGUGUAGGCCCAGAUGACAGCAAAGAAAGGUUGGAAGAUGAUCGUUUUCCAGCUAGUUCAUCAUCACAGUCAGCUGAAGCUAUGGAUGAAGCUAGCAUUCUGAGAAGUGAUUUGGAUUCUCUGCUCAACGAGUUGAAUAGCUUGAGUGGUCGGUUAGUCGGUACAGCUGCUGGUAACACAGUUGGUAGAGGAUCUGGAAAUUGCAGCGUCUCCCCAGAUGACCAAAAAGCAGCAGCAGCAGAGUCGACUUCCGCAUCUGGGUCCAGUUCAUCAAAUAACCCACAGGAGGAAACUGAAGCUAGUCUCAAAGUUCAAAUACUGAAGGAGGUGCGAAAGCCUGGAAGAAAUUAUGAAAAGAUCUUCACUCUGCUUGAAAAACUACACGGAUCUGUGGAAACCCAGAAACGUUUGAUUCUUGUUGCAAUCAAGGAGGCAGCAAGGUUUAAAAAAAGAGUUUUAAUUCAACGCCUUGAGACACUGUUAGAAGAAGUCCACUUCAACAACCUCCCAACCAAUACCUUUAGCGACGACCAAGAAGACACAAAAGUUGAAUUCCCAGAGUAACGUUUUAAGAAAUUACAAACUUGCUGCUCUCUUAUUUUAAUGAAUGGAUCCAGUGUAAACUUCUGCCUUUCCCUGUAAGGCAACUUUAUACCACAAGAAUCUGAGCACAGCUAUGAUAGCAUUUUAAUUUGCCAUCUCUUGACCAGCAGAAGCUGGAACAUGUAGCCAUAGCAAUCUCCUCAGAAGGAGUGGGGUGGCUUUUUUUUUUGCCUGUGAAGGAUGAUGAUUCUUUCAGAGGGCUGACAGUAAGCUGCAAAGCCUGAGUCCUGCCCCCUGCACAGACAGACCAUCUCCUUUCUUUGGAAAGAUGGCUUAGCCCACUCCUGGCCAACAUCUAUUCAAAAGUCAGUGGAAAUUGCCACAGCCCUAAUUUCACAAAUUGUUGUAUUUGUAAAAGUCUUACUUUGAUGUUGGUUGUUUUUACUUGUUUCUAUAUCUAUCUGUUCCUCUGCCCACCCCACCCCACCCCCACUCAGUGAGCCUUCCCUUAUGAGAAAAAACCAUUUAAGCAAAACCAACUGAGUGGGACAGUGUAUGCAACAUUCCACCACACCCAUAAUCCCUUAUUUCUCCAGUGGAAAGAGUAAAGUUUAGCUUAGCCAUGCCUUUUAAAUGAUGCAGGUUUCUGGGUAGACUGGACCAGAGAGUAAAUAAACCUGCUAAUUUGGUAUGAAUGAAAAAGAAAGGCAGCCCUGAGACUCUGCAUCCCUGGUCCUUUUUUCUAGCACUGGUUGCACCCCGUCUCAUACUCUGUGACACCUUGUUCCUCUGUAGUCCAGCCAUAGUGGCCUAUUUCCUAUUCCUCACACACAGUGUGCCAUUUCCCAUCUCAGUACCUUUGCACUGGCUGUUCUCCCUGCCUGAAAUGUUCUUCCUUUUUACCUUCCCUUCUUCGAAAUUCAAGAUACAGCUCAAAUGCAGCCGCAUUCAGGAGACCUUUCCCAGCCCCAGCUCUACCACCCAGCUGCCAGUGUCUUCACUGCUCAGGUUAUCUUGUACCUAUUCUAUAUGGAUCUUGUGUAUGCCUAUAUAUGUACACUUUGUCUCACCCAUUAGAAUGUAAGCUCUUUGAGGACAGAGCCUAUUUUCCCUUUCUCUUUGUAUCCCCAGUGCUUAGAAGAGUGUCUAGCACACAUAUGCUUAAUAAAUGUUUCUUGAUCAAUUGCUCCUGCCAGCCCCUUGAACAAUCUCUCUCAGACUCUCGCUUUGUUUACAGAUUUUGUGAAAAUGCAUUUGAAAUUUCCCAGAUCCCUGACCUCAGCUUUGUUUUCAUCCUUUGAGGAUGGUACUUCUCAAGGCAGACUUGUAUUCACUGUGCUUUGUAAAUGCUAAAAGUUUUUCAUGUUCUACAAAGAGUUAUUUUUGAGCAGUACUGUUAAAGUCAUUAAUUCUGUGAUAAUUGUAUCUGUUUACAAAUAAACUUUGGACUCUUAAAAUAAAUCAU